GCAGUCCUCUUCUAUCCUGAAAGAAGAAAUCCAGGUGAAGACAAACCAUGCCUUUGUUUAGUAAAUCACACAAAAAUCCUGCUGAGAUUGUGAAAAUUCUGAAAGAAAACAUGGCCGUAUUGGAAAAGCAAGAAAAAAAGACAGACAAGGCAUCAGAGGAAGUGUCAAAAUCUCUGCAAGCAAUGAAGGAAAUUCUGUGUGGGACGACAGAAAAGGAGCCACCUACAGAAAUUGUGGCCCAGCUGGCGCAAGAGCUAUAUAACAGUGGCCUUCUAGUGACGCUUAUUGCCAACCUGCAGCUGAUCGAUUUUGAGGGCAAAAAGGACGUUUCCCAGAUAUUUAACAACAUCUUGAGGAGACAAAUUGGCACACGCAGCCCUACUGUGGAAUACAUUAGUGCCCAUCCGCAUAUCCUAUUCAUGCUUCUAAAAGGCUAUGAAUCCCCAAAUAUCGCCUUACGCUGUGGAAUUAUGCUGAGAGAGUGCAUCCGGCAUGAACCCUUGGCCAAAAUCAUCCUUUUCUCAGAACAGUUCAGAGACUUUUUUAAAUAUGUGGAAAUGUCAACAUUUGAUAUAGCUUCUGAUGCCUUUGCUACUUUCAAGGACCUGUUAACACGACACAAACUGUUGGUAGCAGAAUUUCUGGAACAAAAUUAUGAUGUGAUCUUUGAGGAUUAUGAAAAACUCCUUCAUUCUGAGAAUUAUGUGACGAAGAGACAAUCUUUGAAGCUUCUGGGUGAAUUGAUUCUGGACCGACACAACUUUGCCAUCAUGACAAAGUACAUCAGCAAACCAGAAAAUUUGAAGCUGAUGAUGAACUUGCUGCGAGACAAAAGCCCCAACAUUCAGUUUGAAGCAUUCCAUGUGUUCAAGGUUUUUGUGGCCAGUCCAAACAAAACACAGCCUAUUGUGGAGAUCCUGUUGAAAAACCAACCUAAGCUAAUUGAGUUUCUGAGCAAUUUCCAGAAAGAGAGGACGGAUGAUGAACAAUUCACUGACGAGAAGAACUACCUGAUUAAGCAAAUCCGAGACUUGAAAAAGCCAACGGCAUGAAGAACUCCUCUCGUUUUCCACUGUAGGCAUUAAUCUCAUUUGUGUCCCUUAAACACCACAAUAGUGCUUGAGAAGGCACAGCAAGUGCCUGGUUUUUAUUUUGUCUUUGUUCCUAGAUGUCAAGAGUAUAGGGAUUUUACAUGAAAACUAAAACAAAACAGAAAUCUAGAAUAAUAUAUUAUUUUUAAUCAAGACUAUAAUUAUUUAUGUCAGUUUAGAAUCUCUCUGUAAUAGAAUCUGGUUUGACGGAUUUUUGGUUUUGCUCAAGGAGAAUGAACCUCUCUGCUUAACUUAAUCAGCAGACUCAAGCUGUUGGUGAGUGCACAGAAUAGGUCUCUUCUGAGGACUAUAACAUUGUUCCUUUGCACCUGUAAUUGUGACUUUGUUGUAGUGCUGCACACACACAAGACUGUGAAAGAGUAUGUUCGUCUCUGGAGUUAGCUGCACUUAUAGAUCAUUCUUUAGUUGAAACAGUGGGAGAUGAAAAAGCAGUAAAGGUCACAUUUUUGCUUUUUUUGGUGU